AUGGAAGAUGUUUUGUUGUGUGAGUGUUGGGUUCAAAUUAGUCAUUGUCCCGUCACGGGCAAUGAGAUGAAAUUCUGUCAUAUGUGGAGAAAAAUUCUACCGAAUUUUGUGAAAGAUCGGGUUCGACCCGUACGAAAAUGGCAUUGUCCAGUAGGUGGAAAAUUCUCAAUAAAGAGUUGGGGAAAUAGAGAGAUGCCUUGGCAAAAGCGAGGGACAACCAUAGAAGUGGGGAAAAUCUUAGCAAUGAGAUUCCGAAUUAUUCCAACGGGUUCGACCGUUGUGUUGAACGAGACGCCACUCCAUGAUUCACCGGCACCGGAUUCGCCUUUGGAUUCCCUGAUGAAUCAAGACUCACCUAUCCAAAAGGAGCCGAGGCCUAUUGGGAGAAAGGCGGCGAAGGCGAAGAGAGGGAGUAAUUCUAGCAGUAAUACAUCUAAAUUUUUGGAGGAAAUUGUAAGGCAAAGCGCCAUGAGAAUUGAAAUAGACAUGAAAACCCAAGAAGACGAGAGGGCAAUUCAAGUAGAAUAUGCAAAAGAAAGGGAGUAUGUAUGCAAAGAAAACAUUGAGAGGAAUGAUCGGGAAACCAUAGCCAUGGAUACAAGCCAUAUGUCCCUUGAAACAAAACAAUUUUGGAAGCUAGAACAAACGGAUGUUAUGAGAAGAAGACUUUUCCGUGAUGAUGGACCUAGCAACACGGAUUGGUUAAAUUAUCAAAACCAUUAA